CUAAGUUCGCAAUUUCUGAUUCGCAUCGAGUCUUCACUAAUUUGCUUAGCCGUUUGCGUUUUGUUUGUUAGAGGUUGUCUCGCCUAUAAUAUGCAUUGCGCGCACAUGUGCCGGUAGUCCGCUCAACUUUUCGGAGUUUGUGCAUGGGUGUAUGGCGUUAUUUCGCGUUCAGUUUUUCGCGAAAGAUGUGCCGGUAGCCCGCUUGACUGCUCCGUGCAUGUGUGAAUUGUGUUACCUAGCGCUUAGUUUCUCGUGAAAGAUUUUGCUUUUCGGAGUUUUGCAACAAGUGUUGGCGCACUUCAAUAACACUUUGAAUGGCAGAAGAUGCAGCAGUUUUGCGCUGCUUGUUCUAAAAAUGGGAUACAAACACCAAUCAAGUUGUUUCAGCUUAAUUUCAAAGAAGCCACAUUUAUGUGUUCUUCAGAAAAGUGUAUGUGGCCUUUUAACUUAGAAGACUCCAUCAUAAUUGAGAGGGAAAUUCUACCAUCAGGAAAUCCAGAUUGGAACGAAAUUCCUAGGAGGUAUUUGAAGAAUAAUAAAAUUUGUCCAGAUACUUUGGAUUUUACAUUUUGUACACCACCGCAGACACCGAGCUCUGAUCCCAAUAUCAACGAUGUACAAAGUUCACAUUCCACAACUGCUCCAGGAGUAAUGGAUGGUAUCACCCAAUCUAUUCUUGUAGAUUGCAAUGGUGAAACAAAACCUGUUGAGUUUAAAAUCAAUUUUUCUAAAUCAUUUGAUAACUUCAAUCAAUCGAGUGUUUAUGGUGAAAAUGAAAUUUCUCAAGUUGCAGUGAAGAAUGAAUUUCCUACGUUUUCAGUUAAGAAUGAAUUCAUUGCAUCUAAUGUUAAUAAUGAGAAGUCUGACGCUUCCCAAAAUAAUAUUCAACCUGUUAUUAUAAAAAAAGAACCACCUGUAAUUAUAAAGAAUGAAUGCCUUUCUACAAAUUUUUAUUUAAAAAAGUCGAAUACAAAGAAUGGAUCGAUUCUAUUAUUAAAAAAGGAGAACCCUUCUAAUAAUAAAUCAAAAAUGAAAUCAAAUUUAAGAGUUAGGCGAUCUAUUUCAAGUUUAUCUACGCCACAUAUAAAAUACAAUUUUGAAUUCAAUGAUAUAUUCAAACGAAAAUUCAAUGAGGUCAAACCCACAAAAAAGAAAGAAAUUAUUAAGGCAACUUGUUGUGAUGUUAAUGAUAACAAACCUCAUCAAAAUGAAAUUGAUCUAUUGUCAGAAGAUGUUAAAGUUCAUAAAAAUAGUCAAAAUUUAAUUGUAAAUAAUUCUAGUGAAAAUGAAGUGAAAGAUGCGUUAGUCCAGCUUGAUGCCAAAGUUAAUGAAUUGAAUGAGAGCGUGCAUGAUUCAAACAAAUCUAAUACCAAUGAGAUCAAUUUUGAAGAGUUGUUUAAUGCUGAUAAUUUAAAUAUAAAGAAUGAGAGCAAAGAAAUGAUAAAUUUAGAAACUAAUUGUACAGAUUCUACUUCUAAUAAGGCCAUAAAUAUUGAUAAUAAGGAAUGCCACAAUUCAAUUAAUGCUAAAGUUUCUAAAUUAAAUGGAAAUAGUACUGAAACUACCAAAAUGGAAUUGGAUGAAUUGAUAGAUAGUGUAUAUACUUCAGAACUGCAAUGUGAAAUUGAUGAAAGCGAUGAAAAUUGGUUGCAUGUUUUGAUGCAAGAAGAUAGUUAGGUGAAUUAAAGUUAUUUAUUUAUUACUUGUUAUACAUGAGUGUAAAAUGAUCUAUUUUUUUUUUAAUAAUUCUCAUGUGAUAUAUAAAAAAACUGAUAAAUAAAAUUUUGAAAGUUAA